UUUAUUUUUCCUGAAUAACGAAGUAAAUUAAUUCGAUAGUUUUGAAUGAAUGGGCAUGUGAAUAAUUCUGACUUAACUCUUAGAAAUGUUCUGUCACAAACGCCGCUUAAGAUGGAAUCUUUUACACGGAAAGAGAUUAGUGUGGCGGUUAGCAUGUUUAUUGUUGCUUUUGCUUGGCAUCGUAUGGAUUUCAGACCAAACAAAUCUGAACGUAGAUCUAGAAAAUGAUAUUACAAGCGAUGCUUAUGCGGACAGUCUUCCAGAUGGUGACGGCGAUAAAUUUGAGUUUGGUUCGUUGGAAAAUGAUCGAAGGGUUGUCGAAAAUUUGAAUGACGUACAGUUUGUGUUCAGUAACUUACUGUGCUUCAACUCCUAUGAAAAUAUUCCACGAAACCCUGAACGUGAAGCUUGGAUCCGCGAGACAUACGCUGAACUCGAUGAACUAGCUUCCUACGAAAAGCUUCUAAGUCAACCACCCGAUUCGAACUAUGUAGAAAAUAUUCCACGUGAUAACAGUGCGACCGAAGACCCAGAAUUUGCGUACGUGAGAGAACGCACCGCUAACGCUACCGUCGUGCCGCCCUCGGGCCCUUCUCUGGUGCCAAAUUAUCAUGCCGCUCUGGCGUUCGCUGUCGCACGAGUACGCGCGUCUCCAGACGGACCAGUCACUGCUUGCAACUUCCCCGACUUUACAGAUGAGGAGUCUGGGCACAUCUGGCAUCUGGCGCUGCGUCGGCUGGUGCUGGACGGCGCAUGCGCGCGCCAUGCAAGCUUCGCGGGCAGAACCCGCGCGCCCUGGGACUGCGUUUAUUGGGACACUGCGACCCACCUCGGCUACUGUGCGCUGUUUAAGGUAGGGAGCACGUCGUGGAUGAGUCACAUGGUGGAGUGGCAGAGUGUGGACACCCACAGCCUGACGGACGGUCAAGUCCACGACGCUAUGGACCUCCUCUACCCACGUCCCCCAGCCCACCGCCUCGCACAGGAGCUCGUGCGACAUGACCUUCUGCUGUUCAUGGUCCAUCGACACCCAUACGUUAGAAUCGUGUCCGCGUACUACAACAAAGUAGAAACAGGCUAUCGACCCAUUAGCCGUUUGAAGUGGAUUGCCUCCGUGCGCGGCAAGUCCUUGCACACAAUCAUGGAGGAGACCAAGCAAGCAAUCAAGGAACACAAUCUGUCCCUGGACAGCUACGCAGCCUUAGACCAACUCCUGACCGUCAGGGGUGACCCUAGUAAAUCUGCCGACUUCGAAAUGAACGGCGAUCCAAACAACACAAAUCCUUACAUGACUUUCCAGGAGUUCGUACGUUAUAUCAUCAAGGAGAAUUUGUCGUGCUUCAGAGACGUCGCCUGUCUACGGAGGAUUGAUGAGCAUUGGCAACCGCAACACGUGCAGUGCUCGCCGUGCUCCACGCAUUAUGACGUCAUCUCGGCGAUGCACACUUUUGACCGCGACACGAGCCUUAUGAUGAAGCUCGUAGGCAGGGAAGACUACUACGCGAAGGCGGUCCAGCGCCGGGGCUCUCGUUUCCAAGAUGCUGGCGACCAAAACUACACGACAGACGACCUUACUGUGGACAAAAAGCGACGCAAUGUCGGUUUGGGCGAGAAAUAUUUCACCAAAACAAUAAAGGAGCUCUCCACGCUCACUAGAGAAGAACAAAGGCUACUUUAUGUCGCUAACUUUCUUGACUUUACUUUGUUUGGGUACUCGCCCGAAACAAUCGAGUAAAAUGAAUGUAAAUGCAAUGACAUCGUGUGAUUCUUCAAAUUCGGUAAACUUAUUUUAUUUUGUGGAUCGUAUAGGUGAUGCUCCAUAAAACGGCGCGUGAUAUUAGACUGGAAUUAUUUUUAUCGUCAAUAUAAGUCAAGACAUUGUUUCUUCAAUAUUUGUGAUUUGUGUAAGAAACAACGUCUUUACCUUGAUAUUUAUAGGACAAGUUCAAUUAUAAUUUGACUUGGUCGUGCUUGGUUGGGCCUGUAAUGUACAAACUUAAACUUUUUUAUUUAAUAGAGCGUUAGGUAUCCUUCAGUUGUGUCUGUACUGUGCAAACAUAAACUUUUAUUUAAUAGAGAGUCUCCUUCAGUUGUGUCUGCACUAUUCAAACAUAAAUUUUUAUUUAU